AGGCAUAUCUGUGGCAGAGUUACCUCGCUUGCAAGAAAAUAGCAAACAGAAAUCAGCAGACUAAAGUGCUGUUUAGUAAUCUGUCAACACGAUGUUGAGGGUAUUCCAGUGCAGAGGAAUAACUCGCACAACACAGAAGUUGCUGCCUGUCUGUGGAUGUAGAAAUAUCCAUAGAGAACCUAUAGACGAGAAAUGGAAGACAGCUGCUGCUAAAGAACUGAAGGGGAAAGAUGUGGAGAAAACGUUGAUGUGGAAAACACCAGAGGGAAUCAAUGUUAAACCAGUCUACACCACUGAUGAUACACAGAGAACAGACAAAGAAAUCCCGGGCUCAUACCCAUUUACCAGAGGCCCAUAUGCCACCAUGUACACUCACAGACCCUGGACCAUUAGACAGUAUGCAGGGUUCAGUACAGUGGAAGAAAGUAACAAAUUUUACAGGGAUAACAUCAAGGCAGGACAGCAGGGUCUCAGUGUUGCUUUUGAUCUGGCUACUCACAGAGGGUAUGAUUCUGAUAACCCCCGUGUCCAUGGUGAUGUAGGUAUGGCUGGAGUAGCUAUAGAUUCUGUUGACGACACUAACUUACUAUUUGCUGGCAUACCUCUGAACAAGAUCUCUACGUCUAUGACAAUGAAUGGAGCAGUCCUGCCGAUUCUUGCUAUGUAUGUUGUCGCAGCUGAAGAACAGGGAGCAAAGCAAGCAGAGUUAGCAGGAACCAUUCAGAAUGACAUCCUGAAAGAGUUCAUGGUGCGUAACACAUAUAUCUUUCCUCCGGAGCCCUCCAUGAAGGUGAUUGGAGACAUCUUUGAGUACACAUCUAAGAAUAUGCCAAAAUUCAACUCUAUUUCGAUAUCUGGCUAUCAUAUGCAGGAGGCAGGGGCUGAUGCUGUGUUGGAGCUUGCAUUUACUAUUGCAGAUGGUUUACAGUACAUUAGGACUGGUAUCGAGCGAGGUCUGAAUGUGGACAAGUUUGCACCAAGACUGUCAUUCUUCUGGGGAAUUGGUAUGAACAUGUAUAUGGAAAUAGCCAAGUUGAGAGCUGCAAGAAGGCUUUGGGCACAUCUGGUGAAUGAAAAGUUCAAACCUCAAAACCCAAAAUCUCUGCUGCUAAGAGCCCACUCCCAGACUUCAGGCUGGUCAUUGACAGAACAGGAUCCAUACAACAAUAUUAUUCGUACAUGUAUUGAGGCCAUGGCAGCUGUAUUUGGUGGUACUCAGUCAUUACAUACAAACUCUUUCGACGAGGCCCUUGGACUUCCUACACCAUUCAGUGCUAGAAUUGCAAGAAACACACAGAUCAUUCUGCAGGAAGAAUCUGGCAUCACAAAGGUAGCAGAUCCCUGGGGUGGAUCUUACAUGAUGGAGAGUAUGACUAAUGAAAUUUAUGAGGCAGCACUGAAUGUUAUCAAUGAGAUAGAAGAGAUGGGUGGAAUGGCCAAGGCUGUUGCCUCUGGUAUGCCUAAAUUAAGGAUUGAGGAAUGUGCAGCAAAAAGACAGGCUAGAAUUGACAGCAAUUUAG